GAAGUAUUUCUGACAAGACAGACAGUCAUAUCUAUACAGAGCAGGCAGAGCUAUGAGAACACAAAACAAAGCAUGAAGAACACAUAAAAUGGAGGCAGAGGACAAAGACAACACAGCAGCUGGAGGAGAGCCUGAAGUCAAGUCUGUAACUUCUGUGGCAAAUGACAAAGCCUGCACUGCAGUUGAGGGGUUAGAGGAGAGUGCAGCUGUAACCAAGUUUGGUCCAGUGAAUGAACCCAGUGAAGCUGAACACUCAGACAGCAACAAUGAAGGAACAACAAUAGAAGAGUCUGAAAUCACAUUUGAAGCACCAACUACAUCAGAUACGAAAGGUUUUGACCAUUCAGCAGAGGAGGUUGAUGAUGUUAAAGAGGUCCACAAUGAAAGCAGCAGUGACAUUAGUGAGCCGACUGCAGGGGAGAGCGAGAGUGUUGCAAGAGGAAUCAAAGAAUUGACACCUGAGCUCACACUUGUGUUAGUUGGUGACACAAAUUCCAUUGAGAUUGGAUCAAAAAACAUCUUAUUUGACCAUGACGAGCAAACAAAUGUUGAACAGUUUUCGUCCAAACUGUAUGAUUUUUGUGGUCGGUACAUAUCUGUCAUUAACAUGCUUGGUCUUCAAAACAUUGACAAAUUCCCAUUAAACAGGGGAGUCCAUGCCUUUCUCUUACUGUUAACAAACGGUCUGCAUAACAGCCAGUACAGUUCAGGAGUGCAGUGGUUAGAAAAAGCUUUUGGGAAAGAGUCACUUGCUUAUUUAAUGACAGUUGUGACUCAUAAGUCAGAUGAAAAAUGUGAAAGUGCAGUGACAGACCUGAAAGUCUAUAACAGUUUCACUGAAAAAACGUACCACACAUGUAAAAACAGUAUGAUGGAUGAAAAUGAGAUAAUAGCAUUAUUGAAAAAAAUAGAUGUCAUGGUCUCUGAAAAUGAUCCACACUGCUACAGUGGACUGGUGUGUGAUGACAAUAAAGAACAGAAAGACCUGCUGGACCACAAAUCCAACAAAGAAGAAAGGAUUGAUUCCUCUGUGUCUCAGCAAAAUCAAACAGCAGAUGAGUUGGAGAAGAAUACAUCUGAAAUCAAGCUGAAGUGUGAUCCAGCAAAUGAACCAGGUGACGUUGAACACUCAGAGACGAACGAUGAAAGCACAACAUCAGGUGGGGAGCCCGACGUCAAGCCUGUGAUAACAUUUGCGACAAAUGAGAAAGGUAUCUUACAUACGGAUGUGGAUGGAAACAAGGAUGAGAAGUCAGAAAAGAUUUUUGAAGAGAUCAACAGGAAGGAGCAAUAUCAACAAGAAAGUGAAACACUGCUCAGCAGACUUCACCUUCAAGAAAAAUAUCAUCAGAAAUUGACACCAGCAGAUUUUCUUAGAAUAAGUCGACCUGUAAAACAGCACCAUGACCUGUCUGAAAAAGAUCUAGCUAACAAUUUUCUUCAGAGGCUGAUGAUGUUAGAUUACAGAGCCAGAUAUAUUCCUGUAAAACAAGACAGUCCUGAGGUGAGCCACUUGAAGCCUGUUCCACAGAACUCAGAAACAGACAAUGACGACUUUGAUGCUCUAUUUACUGCCAAAAUAGACUCGGAUCAGACAAAACAGUCUCAUGUGCAUCCAAUGGAUGUUCAAAUGGCAGUAUUUCACUGCUCAGACAGCUCUCUUAAGCAGAACAUGAUUACAAAGCUAUCACAGUGUCAGUACGCCUUACCUUUGCUUGUUCCUGACCCAGUCACAAUGGAUGUUGAGUGUCCUCUGUGGACAUUCAGACAAAUAAGGAAAAGCUGGAAGAUAACUCAAACCAAAGAUGAUUCAAACACUGUCACCAUGAAGAGUAUGCCCAUCUGCAAAGCUGAGACACCCAUGGUGUCAUUUUUCCGUCUUGGUACGCUAUCACUGUCUAAAUCUCAGCUGAUGAACACUUUGAUCAACGACCGUCACAGCACCUUCUUCCAUAGAAACUGUCCAGGAAGCACCAAAUCUCGCCAUUUGUUGGACGGUGUGGCAGAGGUCGCAUGGUACUGCCCUGCUGGAAAACCCAAUGAUGCCUUCAGUGACUGCAUUGCCUUCUGUAAUCUUCAUGGUGAUGCUCUGAUGAUUGAAAAACAGCGAAAAAUACUGAUGGAAAAAUCUUCGGUCAAUGUUGUUCUGUUACCAACUCUGGAGAAAAGUGACCAAAGUUGGACAGUUAUCUCAGCCCUUCUCAAGUCUCCAAAACCUCUCAUUUGUCUCAUUGUUGAUAAUGAUUGUGGUGCAGCUGAGAUGAAAGAGGGAAAAUACAAAAUGGGUCUGAAAGACAGAAGCUGGUCAGAUGUUUCUGAAGAACUGAGAGGAAUCAUUGGAAAAAUCUUGUCUGGACCACAUACAUUCUUCCAGCUAGAAACCAUGGCUGAGGUCUCUGGAAUCAGAGUGGAUGAAGAUGACACAGUCUGCCAAGAAGGAAAAUGUGCUGCUAUGAAAAUAGUGAAUUUACUUGAAGAGAUGGAUGUUUCAAAGAUCAAAGAUGAAUAUCUGCCUUGUCAAGGCCAACUGUGGCAUGACUGGUGCAAAAUAAACAAAGAACAGUAUCACCUCAAAGGGAACAUUGAGAAGGAGAAAUGUAAAAAACAACAGGAACUGGAGAGAAUACGUCAAGAACAACGUGCUGCUUCAUGUAGUGAACUGAUGAAGUUGUUCACUGAAAGCCUUUCGUCUCUGCCAUCAGAGGAGAGAGAGUAUUUCCUGAAAUGGAUUCAGAUCUUACUAGAUGCACUUUCAACAGAUGAUCUGUCUUCAAUUCUCCAAAAAUAUGAUGAAAAAUGGUCUGAAGUCUUGGAUUUGAAGAAGAAACAUGACAAAUCUGAUCAGCUAAUAAGCAAGCAAACUGAGCUUGAGAAAAUAUCAGCAAAACUGCAGUCAGCUACUUUUGGCUUAGAGCACAUCUUUAGAGAAAUUGGACAGAUCUAUGAAGCCCAUAAAUCUCUGCAGGAACAAACAAAGAUGGAAGAAACUGACUGGUCUAAAUACCCUGAGCUGGCUGCAGAGCUGAUGAUAUCAGGACACCCAAUGGAGCUGAUGGAUGGUGAUGCAGGUCAUGUGCCUUUAACAUGGAUCUCUAGUCUUUUAGAUGAAGUCAUCAAGAAACUGGGAGAUCAGAGAGUUUUUGUUUUGUCAGUUUUGGGUGUACAAAGCAGUGGAAAAUCAACCAUGCUCAAUGCCAUGUUUGGAUUACAGUUUGCAGUAAGUGCUGGCAGGUGCACCAAGGGUGCCUUCAUGCAGCUGGUCAAAGUGUCAGAGGAGAUGAAGAAAGACUUUCAGUUUGACUAUGUUCUAGUGGUGGACACUGAAGGACUGCGUGCUCUUGAGUUGGCAGGUAACGCCACUCUUCACCACGACAAUGAACUGGCGACAUUUGUCGUUGGUCUGGGAAACAUGACAUUGAUCAACAUCUUUGGAGAGAAUCCAGCUGAAAUACAAGAUGUCCUGCAGAUUGUUGUUCAGGCUUUCAUGAGGAUGAAGAGAGUUAAACUUUCUCCAAGUUGUGUGUUUGUUCACCAGAAUGUUACAGAUAUUGCAGCUGCAGAGAAAAACAUGGAUGGAAAGAGACGACUGCAAGAAAAAUUGGACCAGAUGACUAAACUAGCUGCCAAAGAGGAGGUUUGUGAUGCUGAGUGCUUCAAUGAUGUCAUCGCAUUUGAUGUGCAAAAAGAUGUGAAAUACUUUGCCCAACUGUGGGAGGGAAGUCCACCAAUGGCUCCUCCAAAUCCAGGUUAUAGUGAGAGCAUCCAGGAUUUAAAGAACAUCAUCCUCUCUAAAGCUUCACAGUCUAAAGGGACAACUCUUUCACAGUUCAAAAGCAACAUAAAGGACCUGUGGAAUGCUCUUCUGAAAGAAAACUUUGUUUUCAGCUUCAAAAACACACUUGAAAUUGCAGUGUACAGAAAACUUGAGGUCCAGUAUGGGAACUGGACCUGGGCCCUGAGGAGCAACAUGUUGACUAUUGAGAACCAGCUUUAUAACAGAAUUGAAAAUGGAAAACUUGACAAAGUUGACCUUGGUUAUCUUUUUAAAGAAAUGAGUGAAACAUAUGAAGAAAUCAAAAAAGAUAUGAAAGUGUACUUUGAUGAUGACAGAGACAAAGAAAUGUUGGUUCAGUGGCGAGGCCGAUUUGAAACCAAAAUCAAAGAGUUCCAUGAUGAUCAGGUGAGAGGAGUUAAAAGAAAACUGGAUGAGGUCAUCCAGCAGAAGAAUGCCUGUAAAAAGCUAGAUGACAAGAAGACAGAGUUUGAAAAGAUGCUGCUACAAAAGAGCAAAGAACUCGCUCAUGAGUUAAAAGACAAGGCCAAAGAUGAAGAGGAACUUGAAAAACAGUUUGACUCUGUUUGGAGUGGCUGGAUUACUGAAUUAACUGGAGACACUAAACCUAUUGAGGACAUCAACCUGGAACAAGAACAAAUGUCCAUCCUGCAGGAGCUUGGUAUUGAAUGGUCUCUUAUCGAUGAUUCAAAGAGUUGUGAGAGCUACAAAGACAUAUCAAUGAUUGGGGAUUAUUUUGACUAUGUUACCCUGAACAAGCACCAAGAGCUCUGCAACAAAAGCCAACAAUCCGAAGACAGUAGGAGGGAAAACAGGAACACAAAAGGGCAAGGAAUAUUGACAACUACCUGGGUGUCUGUUAAAAAAUUAUUUGGAUUUCGGUCAAUACGACAAAAAGAAGCACUUAAACCAAGAGGAGAUUUUCCAUAUGAAGAACAAGUGCUGAUCAGAUCCCUCAUUGAAGAUGUUGAACAACAGUCCCUUCAUGCAAUUAAGAGCAAACCUGUAGCUACAAGAGGCUACAGUCCAACUUACUUGCAAGAGGUGGCCAAAAAUGUCAAAGAAAAAGUGACGGAAUUUGAAUCAAACAGGAAAUAUGCCCUAAAGAAGGAGUUUACAAUUGAUCUCUUACUGUAUGUGUUUGACAUGGCAGGGAAUUGGAUUUCAGAGUCCCACAACAAAUUCAAAAUGAACAAUGAUGCUGUAACUUUUGUGAAAAGCAAAAAAAUACAAUAUUACAACAUCUUCAAAAGCUUCUGCAAAGGAAACUCAUCUGCUGUUGUGCUUGGAGAAAUGAUCUGUGAAAAACUGAAGGUUUCCACUGUUGAAGCUGUCUGUAACAAGACCGCCAUUGACCUCGCUGGAGAGAUGAGGUGCAGUGUCCCAGCAUUCAAUGGGAACAGGUUAAACUUGGAGAAAUAUGUGUUGAAGUCACUGGCAGAGAAAGAAGACUUUGAUAGUUACAUCAACUACAUCCGACAUCCAAGGAACCGAGCAGAAAAUUUCAUAGGAAAGGAAGUAAAGAAAUACAUCUUCAGAAAACACAAAGAUAAAGCACUGAAUAUACUCAAGAAAAAUGUUGACGACAUCAAUAAACUUGUGAGUCAAGCUUUGUUCACUGCAACAGAGAAAGUCAAAGCUCAGAGAGGAGACACAGACAUGUGGCUGAAGAAAUUUUCCAGUUUGCUUAAUGAUGAGCUAACAUUCAACACCAUUUGUGCUCAAAAUUUCAGUGACAUAAACAAAUUUGACUUUCUUAAAGAAGAGAUAGAGAAAGGACUUGCAUCCAUCAUUGACGAGAUGAGCAGCGUCUCAUUGGGUAAGAUGAAAGAAUUCAGGCUGAAGCCAGAUCAAAUCCUCAUCGAUCAGCUGUGUAACUGCUGCUGGGUAACGUGUCCAUUCUGUGCAGCUGUUUGUACCAACACCCUGGAAAAUCACAGUCCUGACGAUCACAGCGUGCCUUUCCAUCGACCCUCUGCAAUCAAUGGAUUGCACUAUAGAGGCACAGUGGAGAUGUGCAUCAAUUUCUGCACAACAGAAGUUGCAAGUGAUCACAGUUUUUACCCUCAUCGUGAUUCAGAAAAGACCAUUCCCUUUAAACUGUACCGAACUGGUGGCCCAAAAUAUGCUAACUGGAGAAUUACCGCUGAUGAGUCUAAGCUGACAUAUUGGAAAUGGUUUGUAUGUCGAUUUCAAAAGCAGCUGGAAGACCACUAUAACUUAAAAUUCCAGGGCUUUGGUGAAAUUCCCAAAGAGUGGAGAAGGCACUCUAAAAAAGAAGCUAUUAAAAGUCUGGAUGAAAUGUGUGAGUGAGCCAACACAACUACAACCUUGCUGAACAUUCUGAUAAUGUUUUGUUUUAAUGAACCAAAGUACUACAAAACAGCGUUUUCAGAUUUAUGCUGACUUUAUAAUUGACAGUUGACUCUGACUGUGACAUAGAAUAUAGAUGGUGAUUUGACUUUUAAAGAAACACUUGGUUUCUUGGUUGAAGUGAAAAAAUAAGCAAAAAGAGCACAAAAGAACAAUAGUCAUAAUUCAUAUCUACAACGUUGGUUACAUCUGUAGUGAGAAUAUCUGGAAAUGACAGCAUUUUCCAAGAAAGGAAAUUUAGAAGAUGUGUUUCUGAGCAACAAUGGGUUAAAGGGAAAAUGUGAUAAGACAAAGCUUCCUAUUGCAUUAUUGUUUUAUAGGAUGCACAAACAUUGUCAGAAACAACGUACAUAUUACUGAAGUAUAAAAAUCUCACCAAGGUGUCAUGAUUGACACAACCAUUUUCAUUUAUGUAUUUCAGCUUUUUUGUUUUAUAUUUUGUUUAUUGGUUAUAUGCUGAUAUGUGCCUAAAUCCUAAAAUGGAUAUCUUGGUUUUUUGUUUAAUCAUUCUUUUUUUUUUUUUUUAAAUAUUCAUGAACUUUGUUUGUUACACUUGUUUCCAGGAGCAAAGAAAUGUGCAAAACAUUUGAGCUGAAACAUAAUGAAUUAUGAUCAUGGACAUAUUUUACCUUUGUUAUUAUGUUGAACUCAUCAGAUAGCUCUUGCAACAUCCAAAACAUUAUCAUCGCUGUAUAUUCAUUUUCAAUUUGCAUAUUUUAAUAGAUUUAGAGGGGUUGAGAGAGAAUUGAUGAAACUGUUACAUAUUACAACAAAAUACAGAAGUUUAAUCAAUAUAGAGUUGUCAGACAGGACAGGAUGGAAGCCACAUUUUUUCUUAUACACAUACGUAUCUAAAUAUUACAUCUGAAAUAAUGUCAAACAAAUAUUAUCUUCUGUUUUUUGUUUUUGUUGUAACUUUCUUUUAAGUUUAAUGUUUUAUUUUAAAGAACAUUUCAAACAUAAUAGAUGAAGGAUGCUUUAUGUUUCCAAAAUAUUUGAAGUGUUCAAUUUAAAUUGUUCUAUGUUAUGUUAAUUCAUUUUAACCAAUCUGCUAUUGUAUCCACGUAUGAAUGAGUUUUGUUGUUUUUCUGCUCUGUCUUCUGCUCUGUCCUAAAUAUGAUGACAUCCACAAUUAAUGUUGUGUUUGUGAGGAAAAUCUUUUUAAAUGACUAUUCAGUGACAACACAUGUUGAAUUUAACUCAUGAUAAAAAUAAAUGCUUCAUAUUUACUGAAAUAACAUGUUUCUUUUGAUUGGUGUUUUUCAAAUGACAAAGACUCAAUAAACACAUGUAAGUACUCA